AUGAGUUUAACAAGUUCAACAAUAAUCGAAGCUUCUGCCGUAGGUAGAUUCAGCUACACAUUCCCCACCAGCACCAACUCCUAUCCACCCAACCCCAGCAACAAGGCCAUGACAGACUUGGAUAACAAGCCUCCAGGCUACCAACGGUCAAUCAUCAUCCUUAUCGCCUUCAGCUGUCUAGUCCUGCUCGGUACUGUCUUCGGUAGCGCCUUAUAUUGGUACCGGUACCGGGCCAAGUGGCGGAUGGAGGAGAAGGAGGCCUUUGAGAUUGUUUAUCCGAGUAAUAAGGCUCAGGUGGGGAACAGUCGUGGCUUUGAGGGUGAUGGUGUGGGUGAUGGAGAGGGUGAGGGUGGUGAGGUGGUUAAGAGUAGGUGGUCGGUGAGGGGGCUUGAGAGUGCAAUGGUGGUGGUGGAGGAGAAGGAGGCUAAGAAGGCCUUUUCUGGUCAUCAGGUAUCGAAUAACAGCAUCAACGAUAACAAUAGACCGCAGAGUCUGCAACUACCACAACAACAACUAUUGCAGCAACGACAAGCUAAUGAAAUGGUGGAGAAGGAGGAGAAGGAGGUGGUCAAAAUCGAGAUUGCACCGGGUCAGAGUAACGCGUUGGAGGCCGAGCGGUGGAUGGAGGAGGAUCGACAGCGGUACCAGGAGUUGAGCGAGCUGAUCAAGAGCCCCAUCUUAAUCCAGCAACAUGAGGCGCUCCUUCUCCAACAACCCUUUCAACCACAGUCUCCGGUCGGUCGAUCUCUGCAAUCUCAGUCUCUUCAGUCUCAACAACAGAUCCUUCUUCAGCAAGAAUUCCUUCUUCAACAGUAUCAACACUUGCAAGAACAGCAUCAACAGGAGCAACACCAACGACAACAGGAACAACUACAACAACAGCAACACAAGGAACAACAAGGGACACCUACUCGCAAGCCCUGGCAUCUCCCAUUGGGUCUUUACGAUCAAUUGUUUCGAAAGAAAAGCAGAGCGGCGCUAUCGAGGGCGAGUUCAAAGUGGGAAGGUGGUAUGGACAGUUUAUCCCCCACCCUAUCGACGUCGCAUCCGCCAUCGCCAUCCCUAUUGACAUUGUCGGCUGCACCAAGCGCGGUGAGCAUGAUGCCGUUCUCUGUUGGUGAUGGCGUUCGUCCGAACACCUCUCAUCCGCCUCUUGGGCUCAGCCGCCUCACAAUCGUUAAUACUCCCUUGUACCCUUCGCCUCCUUCUGUUACUCCUCCUACGGCAACACCUGUUCGCCCCUUUCGAAUCAAGAUUGGUGAGGCCCACUAUUGUUUGACACCCGAUUCGACAACCCCUUCCCCCUCGUCAUCAUCAGCGCCCAGGUCAUCCUCGUCUACAGUCGUCGCUUCUUCCUCCCUCCAGCUAUCCUUGCGCUCCGCCCCGAUCAAUAUGGAUUCUCCAACUCAGCCUUGGAAGAACGUAUCUGAGUUUGCCUUCCCGACGCCGCUGUUGACCUCGUCAUUGAGCAUCUCCGAUGGUGGUGGUGGUGUUCGGACUCCACAGACUGUGUCGCCGAUCGAGAACGGGCCGAUCCCGCGUGGAGUCAGUAAGCGAACUGUGCAUGCCUGUGUUAUGCCACCUCAAGCAGAGGACGGGGAAGAGGCAAAGGAUGGGGGAGAGAAGGAGAAGGAGAGGGAGUUGGAGGAGUCGGUCAUGUCGCCUACGCUUCCCCUAUCUUCAACCCAGUUCCGACGCUUCUACGACCUUGAGAUCGACUAG